AUGGGCAUGGUCUAUUGUGAUAUCUGCUCCAAUAACUCCUUCUCUAAGCACAGCUACUUCAUGUCAGGUGUUGAGGUGAGAAUAGAGUGCAUGUUCAAAGCAAUUUCACCAAGAACCACUGAGCAGAUAUCAUUUUCAGUCAACAGAACUACAAACAGAUAUGGGAUUUACAAGUUGGAGGUACCUUCUGUUGAUGGGGUUCAAUGUGCAAGAGACAAGUACUUUGGAAACUCAUGCAGGGCUAGCCUGAUUUCCACCUCGUCUUCAUCGUGCAAUGUGCCCGGCUUCCAGACAACGUCGGACGAGAUCUCGGUAAAAUCCAGACAGGCCAAUUUCUGCGUAUACAGCCUCAAUGCAUUGAGUUAUAGGCCAUCCAAGAGAGAUAUAGAGUUGUGUGGAAAAUAA